AUGCCAACUCCUAUCUACAAGAACUUCUCUAGCCUCAAGCUUCGACGCUUAAUUCCGCACAGCAGCAGAUUGUUCCUAUACAUUGGAGAUUAUAUCAACCGAGGUCCUGGCGGUACCAACACUGAUUCGGCGCUCGCAGAGGCAAUAUUUGAUAAUGGCUCAGCACAACCAACCGUCAAGAUCAUCAGCAGUAGCAAAACUGCAACCACGUCUGACGUGACUUCUGGCAUAUGUAGCGUUGUCCAAGACCUCCUGAGCAAAACUCGAAUUGCCACCUCUGAUCUUCUCUCCAUAAACAUCGGGACGACGCACUUUGUCAACGCUAUUGUGCAGGCAGAUAGGAGUAAGCUCCGUCCUGUCGGCGUCCUACGACUCUGCGGGCCUUUUUGUCGUGAAGUCCCUCCUUUUGGAGACUUUCCAGAAGAACUUCGCAGAAUUCUUGCCGGGCCGAUCGGUUAUGUCAACGGCGGUUUCGAAAUCGAUGGUCGUACCAUUGCAGAGAUAGAUGAAAACGAAAUACUCAACUAUGCCAAUAGCCUCUCAGAUGCAGGUAUUAAGACUGUCGUUGUUAACGGUGUCUUCUCCCCCUUGGAUACUUCACCUGUCACGCAAGAAGAGCAGGUGAAGAAGAUUUUGUUAGGCGCCAUACCUGAUCUCGAUAUCGUAUGUUCCAGGGAGAUUGGUCGUCUUGGGUACCUCGAGAGGGAGAAUGCUUCAAUCCUUAACGCCUCGAUCCUUGCUUUUGGUCGUGUUACGAUUUCUCGCUUCCAAAAAGCCAUUGAAGCUCUUGGAGUUGCUUGCCCACUCUACCUAACACAGAACGAUGGAACAGUCUUGGAUGCGUAUUCAGCCUCGCUGGCUCCGAUUAGGACCUUUUCAUCAGGUGCCACAAACUCGCUUAUUGGUGCACUUUUUCUCUCAGCAAUUCAUGAAUCAGGAUCGACGAUUGAUCUGAAUAAGUCACAAGUCAUUAUGUGUGACAUUGGAGGGACUACUUCGGAUUUUGCCGCAUUAUCGCCUUCUGGUCUCCCACGACAAUCUCCAGCUACCGUCAAGGUCGGCGGUGUUCGGACCGCCUUCAGCAUGCCCGAAGUCCUGAGCAUUGGUCUUGGUGGUGGCUCAAGGGUCUACCGAAGUGAGAAUGAUAAUGUCAAGGUUGGACCUUUGUCUGUGGGGCAUCUACUCACCAGCGAGAGUAAAUGCUUCGGCGGCCCUGUUCUAACCGCUACCGAUGUUGUCGUUGCAUCUGGGCUCGGUCAUCUCGUCAAAGGACAUACUUCAAAGCUUGCAGAUCUAGACGAAAAGCUGGUGGAUCUCGCACGUCAAGAUAUCCGAAAACAAAUCGAGAACGGUAUUGAUAUAAUGAAAACGUCUGAUUUACCAGUCGUACUACUUCUUGUCGGAGGUGGAUCAAUUAUUCUCAUGGAUCAACUUGAAAAUGUGGUACAUUGUCUUCAACCCGCAUAUUCAGAUGUGGCGAAUGCCGUCGGAGCUGCAAUUGCCAAAAUUUCUGGAGAUAUCGACACAAUUAUAGUCCCAGGCCAGCAAUCACAUGAAGAAAUCAAGCAAAUCAUUUCUCAGCAAGCAAUCGAUAUUGCGGUUCAAAAUGGAGCUCAGAAAAGUACCGUAGAGGUCAUGGAAGUGGAUCUCAUCCCGCUUCAGUAUGUAAACAACGGAGCAAUGAGAGCGGUGGCUAAAGCGGUUGGACAUCUUCGGUGGGAUGGCGAAUACCACAGUGACCAAAAUACGCGAGUUGACAGUACCGAGGCGGACACCGACAAUAAUGCCAACAUAUCUCAAUCAUUGACGAAAGGCUUAAUUCCAACCAUCGACAGAGAAAUCAUCUCUGCCUAUCAACCCACCGUUUCAAAGGCUACAGGAGAAUGGCUUGUUUCUCCUAUUGAUCUAUUGUUCAUUGCAGAGGGCAAUGGCGUUUUGGGUACAGGUGGUGGUGGAUCAACGUACUCGGCUUAUCUCGACUCUCUACGAGUUCUUGAGGAGUUCGGCCAGGGCAAGAUGCGAAUUGUCGAUCCCAAGUCUUUGUCACCUGGGGCAGAGGCAGCUGUCGUCGCAUUCGUUGGUGCGCCAUCUGUCUCAAACGAGCGCCUCACAGGCAAUGACGAACUCCGAUAUGCCACUGAAGCACUUGGUAGGUACAAAGGCCUGACGAAUUUCGCAGGAGUCAUUGCUGGAGAGAUCGGAGGCUCAAACGGAAUGAGAGCUUUCGCUGUUGCCACCACUAUGGGUCUUCCAGUGAUCGAUACAGACGAAAUAGGCCGUGCUUUCCCCAAGGUUGACAUGUGUCUACCAUUCAUCUAUAAAGCCGUGGAUCCUUGUCCGGCAGUCCUAUCCGAUGCCCGGGGAAAUGUCCAGGUUGUUGUGAAGACUGAAAAUCCAGCCAAGUUUGAGAACAUGGCUCGGUGUAUAGCAGUGGAGCUCGGUCUCUUCGUCGCGUUGGCCAUGUCGAUACCCUCCGAGGUUGUUUCGAAGUACUGUGUCCACCGCAGCUUGUCCCUGUCCUGGUACAUCGGCCAAGCAAUAUGCACUGCACGGGCAUUCAAAACAGACAUUGUCGAUGCGCUGAUCGCCGUCGUCCCCGGAGGCCGACGCCUCUACUCCGGGAAAAUCGUCGACGUGUCGCGCCAAGUCAAGGGCGGCUGGACGAUCGGCACCGUGACUCUGGCGCUCGACGACGAGCUGAAAGCCCUGCAAUCACAAAACGGCCAACAUGCAGAUGAACGCCCCCUGCAACUCCAAUACCAAAACGAAUUCCUCUACGCAGCAUUGAAGAAUCCCGAUUCGUCGCUGGACGUCGUCUGCACGACGCCCGACCUCAUCAGCGUGCUUGACCAAGAUGGCGCUGCUGUCGGCACACAUGAGCUCCGCUACGGCCUGCGCGUCAGUGUCGUGUCUAUGCCGGCACAUCCGCUGUGGAAGACUGCCAUCGGCUUGGCAGCGAGUGGGCCGAGAGCUUUUGGCGUCGAUUUAGAUUACAAAGAAUACGGCGUGGACUGGCAGGAGCCGGAAUCUGUCAUUGAGGCUUUUGGGGUGUAG